UAAUCAGGUGUAUAAAAGCGAGCGACAGAGCGACGGGGAACUAUUCUUCAUCCGUACAGGAGUCAGAGAUCAUAUAACCCGAGCGAAAACAUCCUGACGAAGUGAUGAGCGGUGUGAGCUUCUCGACGCUGGUCCUGAUGGCCGUCUGUGGGCUGUUCUGCUGUCGCGCGCUCGCUCUGCCGGCCAUCUCUGCGUACACAGACAUCAGACCGGGCGCUCUUGAUGAGGACGGAGAGGACGACUGGACGAGAGACUCGUCUCUGCAGGAUCUCGAGGCGUAUAAACUCCUGUACGAACUCGCAAACCCCGUCCAGAGACCGUCCAGACACGCUGAUGGGCUUUUCACGAGCGGAUACAGCAAACUGCUCGGACAACUGUCUGCCAAAGAGUAUCUGGAGUCUUUACUUGCAAAGAGAGUCAGUGAUGAGCUGGGAGUGGAUGAGACGCCUGUCAAACGUCACUCGGACGCCGUUUUCACCGAUAACUACAGCCGCUACCGCAAACAGAUGGCGGCCAAGAAAUACCUCAACUCAGUUCUGGCCGGGAAAAGGAGGUACGACUCAAAAGGGAGGUGAUGCACUCACGCUCAAACGCUGCCUGUGCUCUUCAACAUGUGACAUGGACGGCACAGCUUCAAGACUUCGCCAUCAUUAUAUAUCCAAGCUUACACAAUCUAUUCUGGGCUGAGAUUGAAUUAAGGCACUAAACACAACAGACUGAACGAAGCACGUCCGAUUACUGUGUCCUCGCGUGGAUGACGUGUCCGGGCUGUGCUCGACUGGAAUAACACUGUUGUGUCUAUAGAAAUCUAUUUUGACUGCAGUCGUUCUUGAUAACUGUAAUCAGACCAAUAAAAAUGAUCAUGUUUGUAAAAACA